ACCCACGUGUGAGAAACUGACAAAAGAGUUUUAGCGUGUGAUAUAUAUCUAUGGGUAUAAUAUAAAGCUAGAAAAUGUAGCAGUAAACUAAAAAGUUGGUGUGUUUCUCUUUUCUCCUCAAAAAACCAGGACUCUCUAUCAUGGCGGCUGUGUCACCUUGCCCACCACCAUUACGUACCCAGAAUCCAAACACACGUUUAAGAGUGGAUUUGGGAAAUGGGUUUUCAAAAAGCUUGGAUUUUGGGCACUUUAGGACACCCAAAUGUAGGAACUUUGAGUUCAAGAAGCUGUGGGUUUCUGCUUCUGCUAGCAAUGACAAUGCAGCGUAUUUAAGCGAGUCCACACCAUCACUGACUCUGUCUAAGGUGAAACGUCAUACAAUCUCAGUGUUUGUUGGGGAUGAGAGUGGAAUAAUAAAUCGAAUUGCUGGGGUUUUUGCUCGGAGGGGUUACAACAUUGAGUCCCUUGCAGUUGGCUUAAACAAGGACAAGGCUCUCUUUACCAUAGUUGUCUCCGGAACUGAAAAGAUUUUGCGACAAGUUGUUGAACAGCUGAACAAGCUUGUGAAUGUCAUUAAGGUUGAAGAUAUCUCAAGGGAGCCACAAGUAGAACGUGAGCUGAUGCUUGUAAAACUUAAUGCAGAUCCGAGUACCCGUCCUGAGAUCAUGUGGUUAGUAGACAUCUUUAGAGCAAAGAUUGUGGAUAUCUCGGAAGAUUCUCUGACCAUUGAGGUCACUGGAGACCCUGGGAAGAUGGUUGCCGUUCAACGAAAUUUAAGUAAAUUUGGAAUCAAAGAACUUGCGAGAACUGGAAAGAUUGCCUUGAGAAGAGAAAAGAUGGGUGAGACAGCUCCAUUUUGGAGAUUCUCUGCGGCUUCUUAUCCAGACCUUGAACGGCCACUUCCUGCUAAAGGUCUUGUAGCAAAUGGAAAUCAAUCACAUAAUGGCAAUGUCAGUACAUCCACAGGGGGAGAUGUUUAUCCUGUGGAGCCAUAUGAUGACUUGUCAAUGAAAAAAGUUCUUGAUGCUCAUUGGGGUGUUCUCUAUGAUGAAGAUUCAAGUGGGCUUCGGUCACACACUUUGUCUAUGCUUGUGAAUGACUGUCCUGGAGUUCUCAACAUAGUUACUGGGGUUAUUUCUCGAAGAGGUUAUAACAUUCAGAGCUUAGCUGUGGGCCAUGCUGAAAUAGAUGGGCUUUCUCGCAUCACAACUGUUAUUCCUGGUACAGAUGAGUCAAUUGGCAAGUUGGUUCAACAACUUCACAAGUUAAUAGAUCUUCAUGAGGUGAAGGAUAUUACUCACUUUCCAUUUGCAGAGAGAGAGCUUAUGUUAAUAAAGAUUGCCGUGAAUACUGCUGCUAUGAGGGAUGUCCUCGAUGUUGCCAGCAUUUUCCGGGCAAAAGCUGUUGAUGUGUCUGAUCAUACCAUUACCCUUGAGCUUACAGGUGAUUUAAACAAGAUGGUUGCACUACAGAGGUUACUAGAGCCAUAUGGAAUUUGUGAGGUGGCACGGACAGGGAGGGUGGCAUUGGCACGAGAGUCGGGCGUAGAUUCCACAUACCUCCGUGGCUAUCCUCUUCCAUUGUAAUGCUUGAGUUGCUGAGUUCUAUAAUAUAAUAUAAUAUAAUAUAAUGGUGAAGCAUCGUAAGCAAGUUUUUCUCCUGUUGCCUUUUAAUGGAUUACUCUUUUCUUGCUGGCCUUUUAUCUUUUAAUUAUAAUUAGAGAGUAAAGGAAAAGAUGCGAAUUUGGCUUCUCCAGCGUUUAGGUAUCUUUGGAGAGCAAUCAACAGACAAAUAUGGUGCUUGUCGUAACUUAAUAUUUCACGGGUGUUUUACGAAACUAAACAUAUGUAUUGUGAUAUGAAUGAAAUGAGUAGAUGUUCGUUUACCUCAAAGAACUAUCUUUUUAUUUAUUUCUUAAUGUAUGUCUUUUUAUCAUUGAAGGCUUCAACCUUUCCCCUGGUAGCCAUAUCAUCAUAUUGUACAAAUUUAGGCUUAAGGCAACUGACCUGAAUUAAUUUCUUUUUUGGUGUUUGAUCCAUUCUGGCAUUGAUUUGUUUGUAGAUUCCUUUCAGAAAACACUAGUGUUUUCUAAGACAUUUGCAUUUUCUCUUGCUUUGAGCUCCACCCACUUAUGGGAUUCACACAUUGUGAGAGAUGUUGCAUGUAGCUGAUUAGAUACAGAAGAUACUGAGGCAGUAGUCGUGGUGUGAGAGGUCAAUGGUCAAUAAUUGAUUCUCCCUCAAACAAACAGUUGUAUCAAGAUCAACGGCACACACUGUGGUUCCUCUUAUGGAAGUUAAGAAGGCAUGUGCACAGCCCGAAGUAAUGCUCAAAUCCCUUUGUCUUUCAACUAGUGGGAGUGCUGCUUUGUCCAUUUAUUUGGCGUAUUUAUUUGGCCUAUUACUAACAAUUUGUUAUUUUAAAAUUUGUUGUGAAUUUGUGGUGAAAAUAUUGUGUUUCUAGCAUUAUUCAUUCA